CGGCCCGGCAUGCUCCCGGCCUGGAUUGGCGUCUAGCCAGGUCGGAGUACGCCCAGCAGCAACUAAGACUGCCUUUACUCAACAUCAUCAUGCCUGGCGGUUUCAUGUUUGGCCUUCGCGGACCGCUUCUUGUAGGAAGGCAAGGCGACCAGUCCAGCCAAGAGCAAUUGUGCAGCAGUGUGUGCUGGUGCGAAUUCGUGCAGGGACUGCUUGUUUCGAUUCAGCUCGCGAGAGCGGCGGAGGUGGGAGUGCGAAGAUGUCGGAUUUCCAGACCUCCACGCACCGUGAGCGGUGGAUCUUCCAGCCUCAAAACCUGGUAGAUAAGUGGACGGGGGUGAACCGGCGUUCCGCGGAGACCCUCGCGCAGUAUGGAACGACGCGCUUGAAGGUGGACCCUGUCGACGGGUCGAUAUCGAACCCCGAACCUGCGCCCGAUCACGUUGUCGGGAGCUCGGGUGUGAAGCCUCUAUCCUGCGAAGAGGAGCAAAUGAUGCGGAGAUUUUACGAGCAGAAGAUUCAGGAAGUGUGUAAAGCAUUCAAGUUCCCCCACAAGAUUCAGGCUACAGCAAUAAUAUAUUUCAAGAGAUUCUAUCUACAGUGGUCCGUAAUGGAGCAUCACCCAAAGCAUAUUAUGUUAACUUGUGUAUAUUCUUCUUGCAAAGUGGAAGAAAAUCAUGUUUCUGCUGAGGAACUUGGCAAAGGAAUUAACCAGGACCACCAGAUUAUUUUAAAUAACGAAAUGAUUGUUCUGAAAUCUUUAGAUUUUGAUCUGAUCGUUUUUGCUCCAUAUCGAUCUAUCGAAGGGUUUAUUGAUGACAUGGAUGAUUUUUGUAGGGCAGGUAAUGGUGCACACCAACGGUUGAAGGAUUUGUAUCAAACUGCGAAUUCUCAUGUUGACAGAAUGAUGUUGACCGACGCACCUCUUCUCUAUACUCCUGGACAGUUGGCAUUGGCUGCUCUGUACAAGUCCAAUGACGCACUCAAGGUCCUCGAUUUUGAAAGAUACUUGGAAAGUGUUUUUUCAAGGCAACGCCUUGAUUGUCCAGUCGAACAAUUUGUUCAGAUAAUGAAUACGAUUAAUUACUUGGUUGACCGGCUUCAAAUACUUACUCAAGAAGACAUGAAACAUGCUGAUCGCAAGCUGAGACAUUGCUUGGAUGAGCACAAGAAGAAAGAAAAGAAGCCGAAGCACAAAUCAAAAAGGACUGCUGGCGAUGCCCGGCAGUAAGUACCUUGUAAGGGCAGCUGUGAUGUGUAAGAACCAGUUCUGGAAAAUGCGGCGGCCCUCCGGUUGAUGAUCAGGCUUCGAGUCCGACUUCUAGAGCCAUUGCACCAGCGAUGCUGAGUUGAUCUCCUGACCAGCUUAGACCUUGGCCAAGGACAAGGUAUUUACAUACGAGACGGCUUACUGUGACCUUCUAGGCCCUUUGCUCGUUCGGUGCCAACGAGCUCUAUAUAUAUUCUGUAAUAACUUCAUAAUUCUUUUUUUUAGAACAC